UCUGUGUCUCUGAUUUCUCUGGUCCAACACAUUUCACAUGACCAUCACAGUGAUUUCACGCCACCCCUUGUGGCCUCAAAGACAGUUGCAAAGCCUAAAAGCAAGAUUUCAGCCUCCCGCAGGCUAUCACUUAAGAUCCUCUUGCUAACUCGAGCAACAGAAGAGCUUGAGGCAGAGAAGACUGCAAGAGAGGAAGAGAAGGUCCGCUACCUCGGGGAGAAACUUCCACCGCUUCAGCUCAUUGGUUCAAACAUGAAUGACCUCCAGAAAAUCUGUGAGGAGAUUAAUGGAAAGAUCAAAAAGGUAGAUGAGGAGCGGUACGACUGUGAAGCCAAAGUAAUCAAGAACUACAGAGAUAUCAACGAGUUGAAUCUAAAGGUUAAGGACCUCGGAGGGAAGUUCAAGAAGCCAGCUCUGAGGAAGGUGAGAGUGUCAGCAGAUGAGAUGCUGAAAGCUCUGUUUGGAUCCAAAAUCAAGGGCUCCAUGGACCUGAGGUCAAACCUCAAGUCUGUAAAGAAAGAGGACAUCAAACAAGAGAAGGAGAUGACCAUGGAGGUGGGUGACUGGCGUAAGAAUGUGGAGGCCAUGUCUGGUAUGGAAGGCAGGAAGAAGAUGUUUAAUACAUAAUGUUACAGAUUAAGAACUGAUUGAACAUUGUUAUAAUGAAUUAAUAAACAAAUACAUACUGUAACAAACACUGUCACUGUUUUGGCAGAAGUAAAAUCAUACAAAAUACUUUCAAGUCACUCUAAUUUUUGUUCAGUUUUUAAAAAUACAAAUAUUGUGAAUAAAGAGUUUAUUAAUGCCUGCCAAUGCUGUUAUGUAAAAGAAUACAAUACAUUCAUACA